GUGUCAACUUUUAAAUCAGCACUAGAUUGGAAUUUUUAAAAUAUUAGCUGCAACUUGUCAAAACCGGCAUCUACCACAUUAGUACUUUUGUUUAUCUUAUGUAUCACAUAUACAAUAGACUAGUGUGAAGGUGCUUUUGCUUACGUAAAUUUGAAAAGGAAUCAGGUCAAAUGUCUUUGGAUAGUGAAACCAAGGUUAAAUAUUCUAGGAAAAACCCAAAAAGGUAGGUAUUGUAUUGAUCCAAAGCUUGCAAUCCAUAUUCAUUUGUUCUAUUCUUAUCAAUGUUGCCAUUGAUUCCUCUUGUUUAAAGUUAUUCUCUACCUCCUGGGGUCUUGGAAAGCAAAGCAUGACAUAAUUCCUUGCCUAACCUCUUGAGUUUACAAAGGCAGGUGCUACAAAACACAUGGUACAAAAAAACACAAUAAAAGUUUGUUUUUGGUCCUGGCUCUCAUUUUACCUUCAUCACAGAAUUCAAAUAUUCAAAAGUAUUUCAACAAAGAUGAUACAACUUUUAUUUCCACUUUUGGCGAUUGAAUUUGCCUUCAUCCUGUUACUAUCUUUUGCAAAUCCAUUGCGGAAAUUGGUGGUUAAGGGGCUAGACAUUUUGAAGCAGGGGAGGGGUCCCGUAGUCAUAAACACUGUGGCAGCAACUAUGUUUCUGGUCUUAGGCUCCACCAUAUAUUCUAUAAUCCAAAUCAAUAAGCGUACAAAGGAUGCUGGCAUGAUUAAUCCAACAGAGGAGGUUCUCAUGGCACAUCAUCUCUUGGAAGCAUCUCUCAUGGGAUUUUCUCUAUUUCUUGGAUUGGUGAUGGAUAGACAACACUACUAUAUUAGAGAGAUUACUUUACUGAGGAAGAGCUUGGAAAUAGCUAAGAAACAAACCCACAGCCGUGAGCCGCCAAAGAUAAGAGAGGAAGAGGAAACUGAGAAGAAAAAGGACAAGCAGGAGGAAACCAUGAACUGUCUUAAAGCUUGAAGAUGUGGCAUGUACUUGUAUGAAUGUGCAGUGCUAAUAAUUGAAUUGAAUAAAUGUAUAUAAUUGUCCAAAUUCUGUUUGUA